AUGCAGCGGACAGUGUUUCGGACACUGUCAUCCAUGCAGAGGAAACUGCGCGUUUUCAGCGGCAGGGCCACGAAUAUAGGCGAUUGGGUGAGUGGACACUUUGCAACCGCCGCAACCCUCUGCGACACUUGGCAACUGCUUUCAGGUCUUCCGGAUAUCUCUUGUCGUUUUUGCGUUUCUCUGCGGUUUCGCCUGGUACACACGGACAAUCAACAUGUGGGCGAUGAAAAACAUUGGAGACACAUUUCUGAGGAAAGAUAUCAGUGAGUUGGUUGCGAUUGUAUGGCCACCGAGUCGACCACCGAUCCGUUUCAGACACUCGACAGAUUGUGCUCGGUAGUUUCUGGCGCGACGAACGCGAACAAAACGUGGACGGGCGCUUCGCAAUCGUUCAUUUUCUGGCCGACGGACGUAUCGAGCACCCCCUCUACUGCUUCUCUAUUCAGGCGAACAACCGGUAUCUGAGUGAGUUGUGCGGAGAGUUUUGAGAGAUUAAAUUAAAGUUUUGCAGUCACACGAGCCACCGUUCAACGCAUUCAUCGCGGGAAGAGAGCCUCGUCGGACAUUUGCUCGUGGGCCGGUCACAUUGCCGAGUGCGAUUUGGAUGUGCACGCAAUGAAGGAGUUCAAGUGAGUUGUUUUGCUUCAGUUGACGCUUUGAAUGAGAUCUUUCAGGAUCAGUACAACACCGAACGUCGAAGAUGCCAUGUUGGUCACUCCGGAAGCACCAUUGAGGUGAGUGACGGAGCUUCGUUCCUCGAUUGUGAACAUUUGUCUCAAUUGCAGAGAGCGCCGCCACGAUAUGGUCGUGUGCAUGGCUCCAAUGUACAUCUACACCGAUUGGGAGAUCCUCGUGACGGGAAUCGAAUUGUGGCUGGCGAUGGGCGCCACGAAGAUCGUGAUCCCAGUUCAAUCGGCCUCGCGGGCCACGUACCGAAUCCUUCAAGAGUACGAAAAGAAGGGAAUUGUGAUCAUCCGACACUGGCCCAAAUGGCCCAUUCUCUCCGAUACCAACCCCAACGGACUGGUCUUAUCGCGAGGAAUUGAGGAGUCCCACGUGAACUGCCUGUUCUUCGUCAAACCGUGGGCGGAUAUUGUCGUCUUCUCGGACAUUGACGACUUUUUGUUGCCGCUCGAUCCGACGUCAGUUGCUUCUGGAGACAAUCUGAGAAUCUUGAAGGUAUAGUUGCGACUGUCUUGUUGCUAACGGUUCUUAUGCCAAUUCCCAGAACCUGUUCGCCGAACAUCCUCAAGCCGGAUCUCUGCUCUUUGAGCACCGAGACGUGCAAUUUGUGCCGCCGAACCGACAAGGAGAUCAGAGUCUCGCCAAUUUCAACUUUGAAUUCCUGAGAAACUCGAAGAACAAGAUGAACUGUAACGUGUGGAGAAUGAAGACGAGGGUAGUCGUCAAUGCCAGUGAGUUCUAAAACAUCAUUGAUCCCAUUCAGACUGAUUUCAUCCGUUUUCCCAGGUCGUGUGGACAGUGUGAACAUGCAUGAGACGGGAAUUCACCGCUUCGGAUACGUUCAAACCAGAAUUCCGUGUCGCCAAGCCCACUUCUAUCAUCUCCGUCACUCCCACAACACCGUCCCCUCGCCCACGCCCAUCAACAUGUCCCCACUGGCUGAUAUGCUAAACAAGUGAGCUCUUUUGGACCUAUAAUACUCAUUUUUCUGCUCAGACAAUGGCAAUCGAGAGUGGAAGGAUUCGGCAGUUUCAAGAGUGAAGUGCUGAACAAGACGAACACAGAGUACUUGGAAGACUUCGACCGCUGCAUGGGAGCCAUAAAUGACGAGCACUGGACUAUGAAGGUCUCCCGGUGUCUGACGCCGCACGUCUGCUUCAGUCGGCUCAGAAGAGACGUGGAUUGUGUGGCGGUCGCCUCUGAGUACGAGUUCUACCGAUCUGGAAAAGGAUACUUUAUGAAUCCCAUCAAUCGUAAGUACUUAUUCUGCACAAGGCUUCUGAAAAUGUAAUAUGUAAAACUGUUUCAGUGCGAGUCCAAAAGUCGGAGACGAAUUGUGAAUCGCCGGUGCCUCCGUUCACCUCCGGAAACCAUUACUUUGCCCCGUAG